GACGCUAGUUGGUAGUACCGAGCGCCCGCAAAAAAUAAAAUUGUGUGUAAAAUUUUUAGAAAUGUCUAGAAAGCGCGUUUACAAUAGAAAAUGGGAUAACGCAAUGGUGGAGGCGUUCAUUCAGGCCCGCAUAGGGCUGGAAGACGUGUUUGUUCAGAAGCGAACAAAUAUUAGGGAAUAUUGGGAGCUCGUUGGUGAGCGAUGUGGAUGCAAUGAUGAUUGGACCACCCUUAAAAAACGGUGGUUCAAUUUAUUGGGGAAAUACAAGCGUCUCAGAAAUCCACCGACAGGUAGAGGCGGCGAAGGCGCUGACAAUGCAAUAAAUUGGCCGUUUUAUGGCCAACUUCAUGAGUAUUGCAGUCAGCGCCAAAAUUUCAAUCCACCUGUUGUAAUUAACAGUAAAGGGAGUCCAAGGAUUGAAACUGAAUCCGCAUCACCUUUGGCUUCAUCGCAGCAUACCGCAUCAUCACACACUACUUCACAGGCGUCUUCAUCCCGCCGAAAUUCGCGUUCAUCCAGCAGGGGGCUAACGAUGCGAAAUUUUAUAGCCUCCUCAAUAAAGACGGACAAGGCGAUAAGGAAGGCAGCACGGGCCAUUACCUACUAUAUUUCGGCUGCCACACAAAUCGAAUUCCAAUCGUCCGAUUCUGAGUAAGGGCCCUAUUAGUUGUAAGAUAUCUUUUAAGU